UUACUUUAGAAACUGAAGUCGUAGUGUUUUAGUUCACACGCAGACUCAAAACCGUCGCACUCGCCGCGUCCCAAAACAAAAACAAAGGUCCAAACUGCACAAUGUCAGCUGUUAAAGGGGAGUCUUCAGCUACAUCACCAGUCCUAUUCCUAAACAAAAACGGCGAACCGAUGCGCUUCUUUAUCAGGCCUGGUCCCACCAAAACGCAGCUCCAGCCUUUAAUAGCAAAGGGUGGAGGCGUCCUGUGCCGGACUCAGGAGUCCAGUGCCAUCCUGUUGGCAGAUCCUGGAGAGAUCCAUCCUGUUGCGGACGGCGCUAGUCAGUUCUACAUUUCCACUCAGUACAUCCAUGAGUGUGUUCUGCAGAACCAGCAGUUGGAUAUAGAGCAGUACAGGUUCAGGAAUUUGCAGCCUGUUCGAACGAGGGCAGCUUUACGGCAACAGCGAGGCAGCAGGCGCUUGGGUUACUCGUUGGAAGAUGACGCUGCCAUUUUGAAUUUCAUUUCCAAGCGACGAUAUGAAGCCAAAGGAAACCGUGUGUGGCAGCAAAUGGAGCAAGAGGGUGUCACCGCACACACCUGGCAGUCCAUGAAGGAUAGGUUUCUGAAACACUUACAGCAUAAGCUGACAGACAAAAGCCCUGGGAAAAAGAAGAAAGUUCUGCCCUUGAAGGAAAGUUCAUCUGAGGAUAAUGUCUCUCAGACGUCACCUCGAAAGAAGGAUGCCAAGAAAACCCCAGUGACUUCGUCCUGUGAUUCAGAUGCCACACAAAUCAGCCCUGAUGUUCAAUGUGUGAUGGCAGACACACCAACACGCCAGUCAGAUCCACAGUCUUCACCUGAAAAAAGCAGCUCCCCUCAGCGUCCCAGCUCAGAGAGGAACCAAACUCUUGCCCCAAGUGAUGAAUUUGAGAAAGAAGCUAGUGGUGAUAAGCCAGACCAGGAAUCAUCGUUUGAGCAGCAGCUGUGCCAACAAGACAACGGGCAGCCUGAAGUCUCACCUAAAAGAUCUAGAAUGGACCAGGAUGUGACUGAGAAGGAGACAACCGAUGGACCAAAUGAUCAGCUGACUACUCCUACUGAGACCAGACAAAAACCAUCUAGAACUCACGGAAGGAAGCUUGGCAUACUCGAGAGAGCUGCCAGAGAAUUUGAGGACUCUCAGAUGCUUGAUGAUGACAGUCAAGACGAUCGGCCUCUGAGCAGGACCUCAUCUGUUAACUCGGAAACAGAUGAGUGUCAGAUUAUGGCGGCACGUGAAAAGGCUGUAAGGGAACAGGAAGCUGAAAAUUGCAAUGCAAAACAGCAGGCAACACAAGCCCAAAACACCUCGGGACCCGUGGAUGAUGGUCCCGGUCCGAGCAAUGCUGCAGGUCCUGUGACCUCCAAUGCCCACAUGUUCAUAUUUGACCAGGAAUCCCAAGAAGACCUCACCCACUCCUCUCAGAGCGAACCUCUCUCUCAGGACUUGUUGGAGACGAAGCAACACAUAGUUAACCUGAUGCAGGAGUCUAAGAAAGACUUGGUAGAGGUAAUGAAGGCACUUCUGAAAGCCAGUGGCAAUGUGACUACGGCACGAUUAUAUUUGCUUGAAGGCUACGAUCCUAAAGUACACGGGCCCAUCUGGACUAAGCAGGAUGAUGAAAUCCUCCUUUCAACUGACUCAUCUGAGCUGGAGCAGCUUAAUGUGAAGUAUGGAGAAGGCAGUGUCUUGAAGAGAGUAGCUUUCCUGAAGGCACAGUAAAUAGCGAAUACACCAGCCUCGAGAGUGUAGAGAAAAUGCAACAUUAUUUUUAAUAUCAUUAUCAUUUUAGAUGUGCUCUGUUUUUUAUUGUCUGUAAUGUUGAAUAUAUGUCAUUUCGUCUGAAUCUGUGUGUAAACAGUGUUUUAAUAUUUUUUAUGAAACAAGCCAAAUAAAUCGUAUGUCACAGUUGAA